AGCGGUGAUUUCGGACGAGAAAAUAUAACGAGUGCGAAGCUGUCUGUUCCAUUCUGACUUGUGUUGCGCUGUGCCGGCAUCUUCGCGACCGUAAGGGAAUCAUAGAAAAUGGUCCGCUUAACCGUCGAUGUCAUUCAGGGCGCGCCCCAGAGCAUAAACCCUAUAAAAGAACGUCAAUUAGAUCUUCGAGGGUACCGUAUCCCCGAGAUCGAGAACAUGGGAGCAACCUUGGAUCAGUUUGACACAAUCGAUUUCUCUGACAACGACAUAAGGAAACUGGAAGGGUUCCCGUACCUCAAGCGGAUCAAAUCUUUACUUCUCAACAACAACAGGAUCAGUCGAAUUGCCGAUAAUCUUGAGGAGCAGCUACCUUCGCUGGAGACGUUAAUUUUGACAAACAAUAACGUAGGAAACUUAGGAGACCUCGACGCCUUGUCGACAGUGAAGACGUUGAGAUUUCUCUCGGUGUUGAAGAACCCGGUCGCCCUCAAGAAACAUUACCGGCUCUACGUGAUCUUCCGAGUUCCGCAGCUGAGAAUACUCGAUUUCAAGCGCAUAAAAAUGGCGGAGCGGGAGGAAGCCAAGAAAGUCUUCAAAGGCAAGAAAGGAGAAGCCUUGGCUAAGGAGAUCGGGCAGAAGUCGGCGCCUGAAAAAGUCAAGACUUUCACCCCGGGAGAACCUGCGAAGUUGGAGAACACCUUCGCAAUGACAACAGACGAUCAGAAGGCUCUCAAAAACGCCCUCGCCAAGGCAACCACUCUCGAAGAGGUGGAACGACUCACUCAGCUCCUGAAAAGUGGCCAGGAUCAAGCUACAAAACCGAAGGAAGCGAACGGAAACCACGACCAAGUUAAUCCGCUACAGAAGGCCGUUGAUGAAAACAUCGUCGAAGAGGAUGAAGACGACGAAGGAGACCAAGUCCAAGAGAUGGAGACCUGAAGCUUGUCUCGAGCAAAAAACGAAAGGGCGGCAGCGAUCCUCAUCGGCCUUUGACCACGUCAUGGGAAGAUGAGAUCGACCA